AUGAUGUUUUUAAAAAAUAUAUUAUCAUUUAAAUUUUUAAACAAAAACAAUUUUAAAAAAGUAAACAAAAAUAUAUUCAAUAUAGUAAAUAAAUUUUUUGAGGAAUAUUUUAUCAAGUCAAAUAUAAAAAUUUUUCAUUUAAGUAAAUUUAAAUUUUAUACUUCUAAAAAUAAGUUAGAAAAAUUUAAACAAAAAGAAAAUAAUUUAUCUAUUAUAAAUAAAGUUUUUGAAGGAAGUAAUAGUAUAAUUAUUGAUAAUCAUAGUUUCCAUUAUAAUUUUGGAGUUAUAUUUAAUACAGAACAAUCUGACGAUUGUUGUACUUUAAAUACUAUUAAUAAGAAUUACGAUAAUAUAAAGUUUACAUGUAAAUAUAUAGAAAAUAUUUAUAAACCUGGGUAUAUAUUAUAUCCUUUAACAUUUGGUAAUUAUUGUGAUUCAAACAAUUUUAUAUACAGCAUAUACAAAUAUUUAAGUAUAAAAAAUUGUAAUACGUAUAGAUCGUGCAUGAUAGCACUUUUUUAUUAUUAUAUGGGCUUAUUGUUUUCAUUAAUUUUAUUAUAUAAAGGAAAUAAUAUCAAUGUUUUAAAUUCUAAUAUAUCUGUUAUAGUUUCAAGAUUAUCGUCUUUUGUUUUUGUAACAGAUUUUAAUUAUUCUGAUAUAUAUAUUAGUAAUAUACUUUCUAUUAAAUUAAUUAGUAUAAUUAAUAACUCUUUAUAUUUAUCUAAAAUAGCAAUUUGUAAUUAUAGACCUUAUUUAGUCGGUUUAACUAAAUAUAUACUUACUAAUAGUGGUAUUUUUUCUAAAUUAAGUUUUCAAGAUACAUUAAAAACUCUUAAAAAUAUCAUAUUAGAGCCUAAAAUAGAUUGGAAUGUUGAUUGUAAAUCCAACGUAAUUUUAGCUGAUUUUAUACCUGUUGGGUCAGGAUGGUAUAGAUAUUUUAUUAAUUAA